UGGUUGUAGGGAACAGUUUCCAGUAAAUGAGAUUGGAGAGCGUCAUACGAGGAAACUGAUUGAUAAUACGUCGUUUUUAGAGUUUUUUUUUAAUUUUAUUAUUAUUUUAUAUAGUGUUCAGUGCGUGACCGGCAUCACCUGGGCUUUUUUCUAAAACUAAUUUUUCACUUUCCAAGAACUUGUUUCUUGAUGACCGUGCUGUAUUGAGUUAGCACACCACAAUAGCGGGGUCAAUGCAUGCGCAGGAAACGCGUAAGAAAAAGAAAGAAAACUGCAGGAAACCUCAGGUGCAGACAAAACUGAGCUCUGAUGUGCACCGGUAACCUUCAAUAUAUUGUCGUGAUAGGAAAACAAAAAAACACAGCGUGUGGACAACAGUUUCAGGAUUUCCCAAGGCUGAGAAAGUUCGUGUAGUGUGACGUUUUGGUUUUAUUUACAUUGUUUUUUUGUACUGUUGUUCUAAUAUACGUGGUUUUGUUACUCAUAAUGGCUGGGUCGUGUCGCAGCUCAGCUAUCGACUUUGACAGCAUUCCUUUGACGGCGCUGAAUUUUACUGUUAGAAAGAAGCUUUCUCUUUAUUUGAAUCCGAAGCAUGUGUCCGCCGCAGACUGGACUGCCCUGGCAGAGGCAAUGGGAUUCGAGUACCUGGAAAUCAAAAACUACGAACAGCACCAGAAUCCCACAAAAAUGAUACUGGAGAACUGGCAAGGGACGAGCGCGCAGGCCACCGUGGGGAGGCUGCUGGAGAUGCUCAUAGCGGUGGAGCGAGUCGAUGUUAUAUCUGACCUGCAAGGGCUUAUUGAGGAAGACUGCAGGAAGUAUCUCAAGAAGCAGCAGCUUCAAGAGCAGCCUGUGCAGGUCCCUGAGGUGGACAGCUGUGUGCCAAAGACCCUGGAAAUGAACGGGAUCACUAUCGAUGACGACCCUUCGGGUCACAUGCCUGAGCUGUUUGAUGCUUUCAUCUGCUACUGCAACAAGGAUAUCGACUUUGUGCACGAGAUGAUCAGACAGCUGGAGCAGACGGAGUGCAAGCUGAAGCUCUGUGUGUUCGACAGAGACGUGCUCCCUGGGACCUGUGUGUGGAGCAUCACCAGCGAACUCAUAGAAAAGAGGUGUAAGCGGAUGGUGGUGAUCAUUUCAGACGAUUACCUUGACAGUGACGCAUGUGAUUUCCAGACCAAAUUUGCCUUGAGCCUCUGCCCAGGUGCCCGCUCGAAACGCCUGAUCCCAGUCAAAUACAAGCCCAUGAAAAAGAAGUUCCCCAGCAUCCUGCGGUUCCUGACGCUCUGUGACUACACCAACCCCUGCACCACAUCCUGGUUCUGGGGCCGGCUGGCCAAGGCGCUCUCUCUCCCAUAGAUACAGGGCCAGUGCCUGUGCAUUCGGAGCAGCCAGGCCACUGAGGACAGCAUAGCCAUGGACAUGAAGGGAAAGCCAGUCUUCAUCAGGCUCAUUCUGCUUGAAACUCUGCUUCGAUACAGGGCUUGCACCGUAGAUGAAGUGUGCUGUUGCUGGAGUGUGGUCUAGAGCAGCGCUUCUCAAUCUGUGGUCUGCCGGCUCUCUUCAGGUGCUUCGUGGAAAGGCUACAUAAUUACAGUUUAUAGAUCCCAUUGCAAACCCCAAAUUUGAGACAUUAAAAACUCAGCUACUGCAGCAGGAAGAAAAUGCAUACAGAGAAUAUCUCGGUUAAAAAAAAAAGUCUAAACUCUCUGUCAUAUAUACUGUUGGAGUGUCUAAAGUGUGUUCUUUACCAGGGAGUUUUCAUGUAUUGCGCUCACAUGCAAUCAACACAGCAGCUUGUAAAGAUAACACCCGAAAAAAAAGAUGUUAUACAGGCUAACUUCACUGUAACGAACCCUUCAUGGGACCUGGAGAAAUGUUCCUUAUAUCAGGUGUUCGCUAUAAUAGGGCUUGGCAUUUUUCUGUAUCAGAAUAAUGACAAAACAGCAAAAAAUUGGGUUAAGAAGGGUUUAAAUCGUUGUAAGAAGGGUUCAUUAUAGUGAAGUUAGCCUUUAUUUCCUUCAGCUUUGGAGAAAAAUAAUCCUUCAAGCAAGAUUCUAUUUGUUGUAAACAUUAAACUGGAGGUUUUCAACCUUUCCAUUUAUUUUAAUUAAUUAAAAUGAAUGAAGCUUCCGUGCUGGUCUCAAUCGCUCCCGGCACAGCCACCUUUACCAAGAGGGAGUGCACCUCUCCUACCCCCAGGGUCCUAAAGCCUCCAGUUAGGAAUGUACACUCCAUCCCUCUAUCUAUCUAUCUGUAUGUGCUACUUCUGCAUUGUGUUUUAUGUUAUUAUGCAUUCCUGUAUCAUAUGAGAAUUCCAGUACCAUAGCAAGGUCUAAAUGUGUCAUCACAAUCAGCAAGUACUGUACUUUGGAAGCGAUAUUGCAAAACACUUAAUAUUCUGCUUACUUAGAGAUGAAUUGACAAGUUACAUCAUCACUCUGCUUCUCCACUAGAGAGGAAUUGACAAGUUAGAUCAUCACUCUGCUUCUGCACUAGAGAUGAAUUGACAAGUUAGAUCAUCACUCUGCUUCUGCACUAGAGAUGAAUUGACAAGUUAGAUCAUCACUCUGCUUCUGCACUAGAGAUGAAUUGACAAGUUAGAUCAUCACUCUGCUUCUGCACUAGAGAUGAAUUGACAAGUUAGAUCAUCACUCUGCUUCUGCACUAGAGAUGAAUUGACAAGUUAGAUCAUCACUCUGCUUCUGCACUAGAGAUGAAUUGACAAGUUAGAUCAUCACUCU